AUGGCUGACGUUUCGAUGCAAGGUCAGCAGAGAAAAGCUGCCCCAGCUGCAAUAAACCCGGGAAGAAAUGAGUUGUUUUCCAGGCUACCUCCGGGAACGAAGAUGAUCGUUGGAAAGGAAGCGGUUACGGUUGAACGGUAUUUGAGUGAAGGUGGUUUUUCUCAUGUGUAUCUUGCGAUUACUUCUAGAAACGAGAAAGUCGUUAUGAAACGGAUCCAUGUUCCUGACAAAAAGGCACUGCAGCUUGUGUAUACAGAAAUUGAAACGAUGAAGCGGUUGCGUGGACAUCCGCACAUUGUGUCGUACAUGGAUUCCAGUGCCGUGUAUUCACAGACCAGUAAUCUGUACGAGGUUUUCCUGCUUAUGGAAUUUUGUGCUGGAGGUGGUCUCAUUGAUUUUAUGAACACACGUUUGCAAAGUCGGCUUACAGAAGCUGAGGUGCUGAAAAUUCUGCAUGAUGUGUGCUCGGGUGUUGCAGCUAUGCAUUAUUUAACACCGCCGUUGAUUCAUCGAGAUCUCAAGAUUGAGAAUGUAUUGCUAGUAAGACCGAACGUGUACAAACUUUGUGACUUUGGCAGUGCCUGUGAACCAAUACGCAUUCCUAGCACUUUAGAGGGCCGGAGACGUCUUGAGAUAAACAUUAACAUGUACACCACUCCCCAAUACCGCUGUCCGGAAAUGCUCGACUUUAAUAGAUGUGCCGGCAUUGACGAGAAAAGUGAUAUAUGGGCUAUUGGAGUUCUUGCAUACAAACUGUGUUAUUAUACAACGCCUUUUGAACAAAUGGGAAACCAAGCUAUUUUAUCAGUCUCAUACUCAUUUCCUUCAUAUCCAGCAUACUCAAAUCGGAUGAAGCGGUUCAUCGCAACUUGUCUUCAGGAACAACCUUCACAUCGCCCAAACAUUUAUCAAACCAUGAACGAGAUCUGCCAGAUGAGUCAUGUACCUAACACUCUAGUUGACAUUUACGGGGGUAUUAACUCUGCCACUUUCAAUCCGCCUCGGCCGAUUCAACUCCCUGAAACCAUUCUUCCCCCAAUUCCAAUACAAAGUGGUCAUCAUACUGGUCACCAAAGUUCCUCUAUUCCAUCUUCAUUUCCGCUUCAGGAUGCUGUGCAGCAGCCAUAUACUACUGGUCAGAGUUUAAGCCGUGUAUCCAGUCAUGCUUCUUUGUCCCGGAAAUCCUCACUAUCGCGCUCUGCUUCGAAAUCUACUAUAGCACAGAGUCCGAUGUACACAAACAAUACUCAAAUUGUACAAGCGCCAGUCGCAUCGAAAGCAGUCCAACUUGAUAUGAGUGACGCCAACGUUUUUGAACGCUACCCGGAUCUUGAAGUCUUAGAAAAAGAUGUGUUUCGCAGAACACACUUGUCUGAUCACAUCAGUUCGAGGGGUGCUCGUAGCGGCGAACCUAUUGGUAUUGCAUCAACUGGCCAUCUCACUGGUACUCUGGCUCACACAGGAGAGUCUCAUUCCCAACCGCCAUUUUAUGCAUACACCGGUACGCCAGUGACAACUCUCAUCAAUCAAAAUACUGCCAAACAAGUUGUCAUGAACACUUCCAAGUCAUAUACAGCAAUGGAGCGUCCCCCACAACAGUCUUCUUCGCAAAAGCCAUUCCACGCACAUUCUCUUCCCGAGCAUCAAUUUGUUGCAGACGUGCACGCAGGUCGUCCCUCAAAGUCUGGCGAAACAAAGACGUCUGCUGGCAGCGUUUCUCUUGUUGACGAGGAUAUCACUCUGCAACGCGACAAGGAUGCCGCUCGUCUAAAACUUUUUAAUGUUCCUGUUAUGAGCGAAGUCGCAAAACCGAAACCGAAUUCAAUGUCUAAUGAGAAAUAUUAUGUUGAUGCUGCUACGGAUACUAAUCUUGAUAGAGUGGUUACAGUUUUUUCCAAAACAAGCCUUGACGAUCCGAAACGUGCUGAAGAAUCAAAAGUUACAAAUCAACCCAUUGAUAAUUUUGAUGCUGUCAUGCCACCCAAGCAACAUAGGGAUUCUAAAGGAAAACUUCUUGAUUUAGACACGUCCAACGACAGUUCUGAUUCUAUCCAAAGUUCAACGAAUGCAAUUUCGAAUGUUGAAUUUUUAAAGGGUUUGCAAUCUCAUCCCCAUCGAAGUUCGUUUCAAAAAAGUCAGCUUUUGAAGCUUUAUUCAAAAUCACAGAAGGAUGAAGACAAAGCAGAUAACGGUAAUCAGAAUUCAGAAAAGUCAUCCUGGCGACGAUCAAAUUCCUCGAAUUCUCGAGGGAAAAAACAGCUUUGGGCUCUACCAGGCUUACAUGGAAAGACUGAUGAAUGGAAGGUUGAAAGCGAAGAGCUACCUGAAGUUAGGCAAACUAUUAACGAGUAUCGCCGCAAGUCUUCUGAACGUCGCCGUCCCUCAGAUUUGUUGGAUCUGAAUUUGGAUAGUGAGGAAGGCGUAAGAAGGGUGAGUUCGCCCUCCUCUAUCAGUACUAGUGGAAGCGGGUUAUCCAUUGAAACAAAAUCUAUUCAACAGCGCAUGCAGGAAUUGUUUCGGAAUGCUAAAGUUCAUAUGAACUCGGCUGUCGAUUCUGUCCAUCCGCCCCCCAAACCACUUAAGUUGCGUAGUAGGCGGGUUGCUUAGAUCCUUUUACUGCAGCUCUUUAGCUGUUAUGAAUGAAUUAUUUUUGUACCUACAAGAGUUUAUGCACGUUAGCGCGGAAGAAGUAUCUUCCUCUUUCCUUUUUACAUUUACAUUUGUGUUUUGUUAAAUGAUGCUCCUACGAAUUUGGGCGAUAACUUCCCUGAAACUUAAAUUAUUAUGGAAUCGUUUUGCUGGAAAAUUAUACAGAUGAAUCAUUAAACUUAAACGUAAAAGAACACGGGGAACCAUCACAGAAAAGGGAAGAGUGAGAGGGAAAAAAAGUGAGAGAGAGCAAGUCCGUGUUUCAUGACUCAUAAAAUGAUAAAAUGAGAAAUGCAAAGACGAGAAGAGAUAUGGAAGAAAAAAAGAAAGAAAAAAAGGGUGUACGUCCUCGUUUCAAACCUUGUGACAAAAAAAUAGAGGUCUGCAAAUGAACAAAUUAACUUAUUCGCGGAAGAAAGCAACGAUAGAACGUUUUCUGCGUAGCGAAGAGGAUGGAGACAUACCACCUUGACCUUUUUGGUUCAGACUUCUCUGUAUAGCCGCUUGGGAAGCAGGCGUUCCUUCAAUUCUCGUCGUCGUGCCCAAACCCAGAGUUUCUACACCGGCAACAAGUUCAUCUUCUUCUGCAGGACUUACAUGGACUGUAGGAAGAACGGCCUUUGCACGACUAGAAGCAGCCUCGUUUGCAGCGCCAAGCUGAGCAAGGGUUAUUGAACCAUCAGGGUUGCUAAAUGUGUGUGAAAGUGUCUUGUUAAUCCCGUCAGCCAACGUCGUAGUACGUUCGAGUUCAUUGCCAAGAGGCUCUCCAUCGUCAAGUGAAAUUCUUGGCAAUUCAGACGAAGGCAUGACGCACGCAAGAGAACCAGUCAAGCUUUCAGCAGAAAAUGCUGCAACCGGGCUUCUGCUAGAAACCUUGUUUCGAUGCGGGUUGCAUGGAUCAAAAGGACCGUCGUGGUGAAUGCUUGCCUGUCCUUCGUAGAGCCCACUCACAUCAAGUCGGUCAAUUUUGUCAAUGCCCAACAGUGUGUUUCUGCGUUGUCUCGGUUUCACAACCUGGGGCUUUCUUCUACGAGAGCUGUUAGACUUUGAAUGAGAAAGUCCCGCAUUACGAGGAGGAAGAGAGGGGGGUGUUUUAGUAGGGAGCUGCAGGCUUAGACCGGUGGCGCUUGUACCGGAUUUGUUGUCACUGAGAUAUUGUUUUUCUGCAUGCCGAAAACGAGCAGAGGCGGUGGAUGAAGAUCUGGAGAUAGAGUUACCCUUAGCCACAGGAGGUUUGUUUUCUUGGCUGGAUCGAACUCUAGCAGAGUUUCCUCUUCUCAAAACUGUGUUGUUGUUUAUAGGAGCACCAGGCGACAUUGAUCGAAACUAUUUAGUUAGUGAGGGAACGAAGGAUAAUGGAAUAUCAAAAAACAAGCUAAUUGACCGAAACAAGAGAUAUGUAAACGAAGCUUCCAAUGUCAAAUAAGAUCAACAGUAUUUUUACAUGUGUCUGAUAGUGUGUCUAGGUGCCUGUCUGUCUUUGUUGUUGAACCAGAAGAGCCUUGAAAAUUCCCAUGUAGUCCGGUUAUCCGUCAAACAACAGCAUUCGUGAACUUUUGUAUCUUCGUUUACAUUCUCAUUAUAUUCUCGUCAUAUCCACAGCCUCAAGACUUACUGUACGAGUACCCAACGCAGCGACCUCAUCGUCUAUAUCUAGCAAGGAGACAGUCUUCUUACUUGAAAUAGAGUUCUCACGCAGAAUCUCGUUCUUGAAUGGGUUAUUUGAGCCCAUUGAUGCAAAAGGUAAAGUUUGGUUUUUGAAGCGACAAACCAGGUAAACAGCGUGGAGUAUAUGGUUGUGGUGGUGAGUGUUUAUUUAGGCUAGCGGCCCAACCUGGCAUUGUCAUUCUUAGGUAGGAAAAGCAGAGCCACGAUGG